AUACUAAAUACCAAAAAUAUUGAUUCUGAGAACAUGGUGUUUGGGGGUAUGACUGUGGUUUUUGGAGGUGAUUUUCGUCAAACGCUGCCAAUCAUUGCCAAAGGUACGAGGACUGAUAUUGUAAAUGCGUCUAUUAAAUGGUCAUAUUUGUGGCGGUCAAUGAUUGUUUUGAAGUUAACCCAGAAUAUGCAUUUAGCCCAAGGUAAUGAUAUGGUCGGUUCAAGUCUUGAGAUUGAGUCAUUUAGCAAUUGGCUUUUGGAGAUUGGUGAAGGAAGACAUAGUAAUAUUUUUGGUGAAUCAAUUAUCUCUAUUCCAGCUGAAAUAUGUGUGGAACGAAAGUCAGAUCCUAUUUCUGAUAUUGUGGCGACAGUCUAUCUUGAUUUACUGACAAGACACAAUGAUGACACUUAUUUGGUUGAGCGGGCUAUCCUAGCACCACACCAUGACACUGUUGCAAUGGUUAACAAUUAUGUGUUAGGUAUGUUUCCUAGAGAGGAGGUUACCUAUUUCAGCUCAGAUUCAAUUGAGAUUGAUGCUAAGGAUACACAUGUCGUUGAGGGUGACUAUAUAGUGGAAUUUUUGAAUUCUCUCAGGAUUGGCAAUUUUCCUGAAUAUGAGUUAAAAUUGAAGGUUGGCUGCCCCGUUAUUCUCCUUCGAAAUAUGGAAGCACAGGGCUUUGCAAUGGAACUAGAAUGGUUGUCAAGCGGUUGGGCAAAUGGUUUAUUGAGGUAAAAAUUCUAACUGGCACACAUAUUGGGGGGUUAAUUGCAACGAUGGUCACUGGGUUUACUAAAACCGUUCAUGUUUGGUCACUGCAAAUAUUUAAUUCCAUUCAUGGUCACUAAGAUUAGUUCAAUAGUUCAAGUUUGGUCACUCUCCGUUAGUCUCCGUUAGUUUUUGCUGAUGUGGCAGUCAACUAUUAUAGUUGACCGUUAAAUGAGUGACGUGGCCAAUAAAAAAUAAAAAAAUAAAAAAUUUAAAUAUUUACAAUUUCCACCUCAUUUUACAACUAUUAAAAAAUAAAAAUAAAAAUAAAACUUACCUUUUUCGCCACCUUUCUUCUCACUUUAGUCCAAACCGAGCAGCAACAUAUUGUUCUAAUGGACUCCAAUGUCAUGCCAAAAGCCUUCCAAUCUCCAUACCACUGGCACCUAGCCUCUCUGUCGUCGAUUUCGCAGUCAGAAUCCCGUGCCUCCAAGCUAAUCUACUCCUACUCCAACGUCCUCGAUGGAUUUUGUGCUUCCCUCACUGACCCGGCGCCGUCGCCGGCGGGUUGAGCUCCGGCCCCGCCCUCUUCGGGAAGAGCUGGUGGGUGGUCGGGAUAUUACCCUCCUUCCUCAAAAUGUCGAAGGCGAAUGCAGAGGAAGCGGCGGGGAUGCUGUUGAGCGAGCGGGGAAAGGGUUCUAUCUCGGUGUUGAUUAUGUCGGAGGAGGAAUCGGAAUCGUUGCCGUCGUUGUCGGGGAAAUCGCGAUUUGGGACCCGAGCGUCCAUCAUCGUCGAUUGUGCAGACGAUUCGGAUGAUGAUCGGAGCUUCUUCGCCGCCGCGGCGAGGCACGGCGUCCAAUUGGGGUGGAGGAGGAUGUCUAGAUUGAUAUCCGGAGCAGAAACAGAGGACGCCGAAUCUAGGUUUCUAGGUCGAAGCUCGGAGGUCGAAUAUGGGAACUCGAAGCUUUCCUUCGUCCUCUAUCUUUCAAUCUCUCUAUUUUCAGUGGCGGCGGCGCGUCGCCGACUAAUAGACGGAUCAAGCAGCAUCCAGAAGGAGGCUAGACUUCGCCGUCGAUUCGAGUGCCGCCUCCGCCUGGUUCUCUUCCGCUGUCGAUUCGAGUGCCGAAUCUCCCUUUCUUGUUCGUCGUCGAUUCAUUUAGAUGGAGAAAUCGAAGAUGCCAUUGGGUCGUAUGGGGAAGACGAUGGGUCCGGAAUCACAAUUUGGGUAUGGGAUUCAAAUGAAAGAUGGGGAAUUCAAUUUGAGGAUCGGGUCUGGAAUCCAAUUUGGGUCAGGGAUUCAAUUCAAUCUUGUGUCCAUUGAGUCAUUGACCCUUUGAUUUUUAGGUUUUCGUCUGGGAAGAAGAUGAAAAUUGUAAAAUAGUUUUAUUUUUAAUAGUUGUAAAAUAAGGUGGAAAUUGUAAAUAUUUAAAUUUUAUUAUUUUAUUAUUUUUUAUUGGCCACGUCACUCAUUUAACGGUCAACUAUAAUAGUUGACUGUCACAUCAGCAAAAACUAACGGAGACUAACGGAGAGUGACCAAACUUGAACUAUUGAACUAAUCUUAGUGACCAUGAAUGGAAUUAAAUAUUUGCAGUGACCAAAAAUGAACGGUUUUAGUAAAGCCAGUGACCAUCCUUGCAAUUAACCCCAUAUUGGGGAUACAGUUUUCUUGCCGCGUUUAUCGCUCUCUACUCAUUACAAGAGCUUGAACUUCACACUGGUACGAAGACAGUUUCCAAUUACAUUAUAAUUUGCAAUGACUAUUAAUAAGAGCCAAGGCCAGACAUUGAACCAUGUAGGAAUUUGCUUGCAAAAGCAGGUGUUUUCUCACGGUCAACUUUAUGUUGCAAUGUCCUGUGUUACAUCAAAAAGUGGUCUUAAGAUUUUGAGUUCUGAUUCAGAGGUUCGGCCUUUGAAAAUGAUGCAAAACAUAGUCUUCACAGAGAUCUUUGACUGAACCUUGGUACUGCAAUGUUCAAGGUAUGUCACAUUAUUUACAAACCACAUCUAUUAACCUUAUGUCACAAAGUUCAUAUGUAUUUUCUACCAUAUGAAAAAUUUAUAUAUUUCCCACUAACCUUAACAUUUUUCCAAAUCGGUUCGUGCAAGCAGGACGUUUCCAAGGCAAUAUCCUUUAUCAAUGAUGGAGAUGCAUUACAAAACAUGAAGGCAAGGCCAACCAUGCACUUGUAAUAAGUAGAUGGCAAGCAACAUAUUUAUCUAUCUUUAACAACUCAAUUUUUAUUUGUAACUUUUUGUUUGCGGCCCUUGCCUCUACUUUCCUUUAUAACUCUUUGCUGAAAUUUGUCAUUCUGUUACGAAUUACUAUAUACUCCUACUCAGUGGUGGAUCCAAAAAUUUUGCAUAGGGGUGUCCUUUCUUAAAAAUUAAAUUAAAGUAAAUUAAUAAUUAAAAAAUUAUUAAAUAAAAAAUUAUUUUAUUUUUACGAAAUACAACAAUGCACAUGCAGUGAUAGUAUUUUGGAAAAAUUGUAAAAUACAAUCGUUAUCUAACAACUGUCGAUAAAGCCUACUAGAACAAGGGGGACUAGAGGAGUUCUUGAUUGGAUUGAAUCAUUAGCUAUUGAAAAUAAUUGUAGAUAAGAAAUAGUUUUUUACUAUUAUAUUGUCAUUUAAAAUAUAAUAGUAAAUAAGUUGUAAUCGAAUGAAAAAUAUGUCUACUUAUAGUAGCAAUGGCCCAAGUUCAAAUCACUUAGACUAACAUUUAAAUAUUUGUAUUUAAUCAUAUGCAAACUACUACUUGGAGUUGGAUAAUCAUUUUUGUAAAUUUUAUUGGAGUCCGGCUACCAUUUAAAUAUUUUUUUAUCGAUAUGUAAACUACUAUCAUGAGUUGAAUAAUCGAAUUCCCAAAUUUUAGGGGUGCCCCGGGACAUCCCCAAUCUCGAUGAAUCCGCCACUAAUCCUACUUUUCUCCUCUACUAGAUCCAUCCAGCUUUCCAAUUUUUAUUUUGACGGAUUCUUUAGUAAAAAUGAGAGGAUGUUUAGAAAUGUGUUAUAAUCAAUACCCGAUGGUAAAUGUUUUAUCGUAUGGGUGUCCGUAAUGUUUUAGAGUCAUACGAGUGAUGAAAAAUUUCAAUAUGUACUAUAUUCUAAUUCUUGAAUAGGAUGUAGUUUUCACUAAUAAAUUAUUUUAAUGUAU